AUGGGAGAGCGUAAAGGACAGAACUUCUAUUAUCCUCCGGAUUUCAAUUACAAAACUCAUGGAUCUCUUAAUAGAUACCAUGGAACUCAUGCUCUCAGAGAGAGAGCUAGUAAAUUAAAGACGGAAGGAAUUCUCAUUAUAAGAUUUGAAAUGCCAUUCAAUAUAUGGUGCUUGGGAUGUCAUAAUCAUGUGGGUAUGGGAGUUCGUUACAACGCCGAGAAGAAAAAGAUUGGAAUGUAUUAUACAACUCCCCUUUAUGAGUUUCGUAUGAAAUGCCAUUUAUGUGACAAUUACUAUGUGAUAAGAACAGAUCCUAAGAAUUUUGACUACGAAUUGGUUGAAGGGUGUAGCAGACAGGAGAAGCGUUAUGAUCCAUCUACAAUAGAUCAACUUGGAGCUGUAGAUCGAACAUUCAAUCAGAAGUUGGCUGCAGAUUCUAUGUUCAAAGCAGAACAUGAACAUACAGAUAAAACAACUGCUGACUUAGAAGGUGAACGACUAGAGAAAAUCGAAUGGAUGCAGGAAAGGUUCAAAGAUGACUAUGCAGCGAAUCAGGCUCUGAGAAGCCAAUUUCGGAAAGGGAAAAAAUUCUUAACAGAACAAAGAGCUAAGGAUGAUGAUCUGCUGACACGAGCAUCUUUGAGCAUUCCAUUGGCUCCUGAAGACCCGAAUGAUCAAUCAGUUGCAGCCAUGAUUACCAGAUACAAGUCUGUUAAAACGUUUGAUGAGAGAGCUGAAGACGAAAGGAGUAGUAUCAACAAUCGCCGAAUAUUUUCUUCUAAACCCUCUACAAGUUCCGAUCCUACAAACUCAGCUGAUUGGUUGAAGCAGAGUCUAAAACAUAACAGAGACAAAAAAAUUAUUCAUGACUUUGAUUCUGGUCCUUCCACAAAGAAACCAAAUUUGAGUUUAGGAAUCGUAAGAAGCAUCAAAAAAGAAGUGAAGCCUGACACGCCUGGCCCUACGACGCUUUGCGCAGACAUUGUUAAACAAGAAGUUGUUGAAGGAGAAGAUGAAGCGAAGCGUUCGACAAACGCCACGUCUGGGUUAGUCGCAGAUUAUGGAACUUCGUCUGAUUCAGACUGA